AUGGCUCCAGCGGCUGAUCUAACACUGUUUUGUAUUAAUUAUGGCGCACGGAAAGGCGAUUUCAAUGUCAUGGAGGAGAGACUAUCUCACUUAGAGACAUUUUUCAAUCAUACCGAUGAGACGUUGAUUGGGUCGGUUCAGGAUAUGCCACCACGCGGACCAACUGAAGCCGUGGUUGAACCUGUCUCAGUUCCCAAUGUUGCUUACGAACCUCAUACAUUUCAGCAGUCGCCGUUUAUCUCGCGCAGCGAACAAGAGGAUAUCCGUCCCGACGGUAGUUGGAGUUCCAACAUCUAUCGCAGGAAUUCCCCUAUGCCUUCCGUCGCAGUUGACGACGGCCGUGCUGUGGACAACCAACAAUACAUUCCGCGCGAGUCAUCCGCCCAAGUCAGUGAUGAUCCUCCAGUUCCUUCAACGCCAACGCUGUCCAGUUUCUCCAGCACACUGGAAGACGAUGGCAUCUCCAUGCGACCUCCAGAGGAGGAGAUGACAUUUGAGUAUCACGGGCUCGGGUCAUUCAUUUCUAUUUGCUCAAAGCCCGGAAUAGAGUGGGUUUGUCGCAGGACAGGAAGUACCGAUUUUGAAAAAACGGCAAGAAAACUAGCAAGCGAUGUAUGCUACCGACUCAAGCUGGAAGAUCUCACCACGACAGCAAAGGAGCCAGAACCGGGCGAGGCGGACGCAUGGGCAUACACCUGUGCAUAUUUUGAAGAAUCAGUCGAAGGCAGCAUCGGCUUGGUGUACCGUCCACAAUUUGAAAACCUAUUACGGGCCCAUUUUCAACAAGAGCACACGCCGACGGUGGACCAGGACCCAGCAUGGUACGCGUUGCGGUACAUUAUCUACGCGGCAGGCUGGCGAGUGCAGUCCUGGAAGAAGUCCUAUGCCGACUAUCAUUACGCCCGUGGUCCGGGUUGGGGAUACUUCACAAACGCUCUCUCGGUUCAUUCAAAAUUGCUUUAUUGCCGGACGAGCUUGAUGGCGAUUCAGGCACUUGCUGCAAUGAGCAUGUACGUUGAAUGCAUUGGCUGCCCAGCGCUGGACUGGAUGCUAUGUCUCAACGCCAUGAAACUGGCGGAGUCCAAAGGCCUCCAUACGAGGCCCGCGACAGCCUGGAACUUACCGGAUACGGCGCUACAACUGCGCAGCCAUGUAUGGUGGUCGUUGUUCGUCUACGAACGACACAUCGUCUAUAGAUCUGCACGGCCGCUGGCAAUCGAUGACGACGACAUCACUUGUCAACUGCCCGAGAAACCCAUUGAUGGCAAUGCAACGAACUUGGACUAUUUUGUCCACGUUGUCAAGCAUGCGCAGAUAUCCGGCCGCAUCGCCCGAGCCAUCACACGACUACGCAAGUCCAAGCAAAGCUUUCACGAGGUGAAAAGGAUCCUCACGACGCUGCAGUCAACCCUGGACCAGUGGUAUGAGUCACUUCCGACCACAGUGAGGAUCGACACCACGACCAACGAAUUUCCUCGCGACCUCCACCCCAUGAAGACUCUAUAUCUAUUGUUUUCAUACUACGGAAGUACCAUCAGUAUCAACUCCGUCAUGGUCAAUUUCUGGAACACUCUGCCAAUCCAUUUUGAAGCGACGCAUUACGACGAAGCUCGUGACUUUAUCAGCCAGUGCACCGAAGUCGUGGCCGAAGCGGCCCGUAAUAUUGUCCGGAAUCUUCGCCAUGUUGCCAUUACUCCGUCGACUCCAAAAUGCCUGGUUUACGUGUUCCCGUUGACAGCGCUGAUCGCGCUCUUUGCGCACGUCCUCAAAUUCCCCGACAGGCCGGCCGUGGGCGCCGACAUCCAGUUCAUGGACAUGGUCGCCGGCCACAUGAACUAUGUCGAAUUCGCCUCUGCGGAUCUACACUUCCCGUUCGCCAGGGACGUGGUCAACUUGGCUCGGUUCACGGUCAUGAAGGCUGGACAACAAACCGCGCGGCGGACAACCACCGGAUCAUGGUCCAAGGCCAUGCGAGGGGUCGGAGACGGAGCGGGCACAGAAGCAGUGAAAUCGGCAGGAGUUGGUGGUGCUGCCGGUGCUGCAGCAGUCACUGAUGGGCUGAUGAUGCAUAUGACCUCACCGGAAGAUCUAACACGACCUUCCUCUCUCACAGCCGAUGUCAAUAUUUAA